AUGGAAGGGUCAGCUCUUUCCACCUUCUCCAGAGGCUCCCGGAUGAGUCCGAAGCAGCAGAACGGAAGUGGCACGAUGGCCACAACCGAUCCGGGAGCGACCGCCGACGGGCAGGCCGGGAAAGGUGCGUUUUCGCUGGCCAACGGUGCCAACGGACGGGAGCGGCGUUCGGCGGGCGAAGGUCCCCCGCUCGGCGAAGGGGGAGGACCACGGGAUACUCCACCGGCCACCAACCGCAUCCGCUCGUUCAUGGGCAAAACACCGAGCGCCAUCAAGUCCAAGUUCCUGUCGGUGCUCGGCAACAGCACGGAGAUUAUCAACGGAAUUUCCAAUAAGAUCGAUGCCGCCCUCAGCCUCACCUCGUCCUCCGACACGGAAACGACCGCGAACCGGAACCAGAUGAAGGUGGACGACAUGCUGCGGAGAAAGUACGAAUCGUCCAACAUGAAGCAUCCAGAUGAUACCCGGGGUGAACAUCAGAUCGACUACGAGCUGCGGCGGGCCAAGGAGCGGAGGGCGCACGAGGAGGUACUGUCCGGACGCUACCGUAAUCCGCCCUUUUCGCACCUUCUACCGCAAAGUACGCCGCCACAACCGGUGCCAAGUGCGAUGACGGGGAUGGCAGCAACGGCCGGAUCCACCACGGUGGACCAGAGAUCCUCGGAGCGAGGUCCUUCGCACAGUAUCAGUGCCGACUUUAGCCACAGCAACUACAGCAAUAAUUCGUACUCGCUGGACUCGAAGUCGCCCCAGGCGUCGGCCGGGGGUGCGCCCGAGGGGGAACCGUUGGCCAGAGCGGUAGCUAAUACAGUCGCCACCCCAGAGGGUAUCCACCCGCUGGCUAAGGACUUUCACCUGGCUCGGAUGGAGCCACGUUUGGGUAUUCCGAGCAGUGCCUCAACGAGCGACAACGAGUCGUGCGCGUUCAGCGGCACGCUCGAGUCGUCCGAGCUGAAGAUGUGGAUCCGGUCCGAGUCGGAGAACUCGGUGCCCUCGUGGGCUUCCUCCAUCAGCCUCGACAGCCAGUCGGAGGAGGCGGUGCUGGACUUCAUGAAGCGCUUCGUGCGGAUCCUUUUCCACGACAGCGCCAGCAUCACGCUGCAGCUCAAAUCGGACUUUGGCCAGUACGCGCGGACUGAAACGGGUCGACUGUGGUUCUCCCGCUUGGUGAACGCGCAGCGGGCCAAAACUAAGCGAGUCGACGAAUCGACGUUCUACUCGCUGAUCCAGUACUUCGCGAUCGUCUUGUUUGAGUGUGCCGAAAGCGAAGACUACUCUCCGGCCAAAACUCUUAUGAACAUGUGCUUUACCUUUUACCACGAUAUUGAUGUUCCGGGCUGUGAUCCGUACCGGGAGUACCUGUACACCUACUUGCGCGAUCAACCGAUCUGGCAGACGUUGCGCUUCUGGAAUGCGGCCUUCUUCGAUGCGUUGCAGACGGAGCGGAAGCAUCGGCCGGUGCCACCGACGGUUAAGCAUUCGCCCAAUGCCACCAAGCCGCUAUCGAAGGGUUGCCACGGGCUGUCGGAAGUCGGUGCUGGAGGAGACGAAGGACAUCUUAAUGCCGCCCUUACACUGGCCGUCCCGGAGAUGGAACGGUCCUCGUCCACCAGUGCCUGCGAUCGGACCGAUCCGGCGGAGCUGCAGGAGGACAAGCACUACCAUCAAAAUCUCAGCUUUGGCCAGCUCGGAAGUUUCACCUGUAACAUGCACGCCUUUGGCCUGUCCCGGGAGCUGUGCAAUGAGUUUCUACUUAAGCAGGGUGUUAUUGCCAAUUUGUCACCAGAGCAACAAAAACUUCUGCAGGAAAAUGUCGACCGCAUGUACCGUGAGACGGAUCCUUGGCGGGAGAACUAGGGCACGGCAAGGCGUCGGCGUGCCCCCGAGCGUAAACUAACUAACCUACAAACGCAUGCAAAACCGGAUAGUAUUUUGUGAUAACUUUUUGUGAUGUCCAGUAGAUCCGUUCCGACGAAUAGAAGUAACGUGUUGUUUGCAACUAAAAUGGUUUGUACGAGCAUGGAGUUGGUAUGAGGUAAUGUCAGGCCGACGUCAGUCAGAUGACGUUGAAGUUAUUAUUAUCAGAGUACGAUUGCGAGUAGCACACUUGCCUAGACACCGGUAGUUCCUGCAGGAUUUUUCUGAAAAUAACUACGAUACUGUGUUUCGAUUCGAUCAGAGAAGUAACAGAGAAAAUGAUUAGUGAAACUAGGGCUCGGCCAGGAGAGACCAGAUUCUUAUGAUAGACAGUUUAGAACGAAAAGCAACGCAUACAGUUCAAGAGUGUGUGCCUCCGGAAAUGACUGAUGGACGCGGGAACGAAAUUCGACGAAGAAAAACCGAACGGGCCAAUACGUAUUAUCAAAUCUUAAAGCAAUCGCGGCUACGAACAGCAGCCAUUUAAAGCAACCAAAUUGCAUUUAAACAAAACAAAGUGGUGAUUAAAUCGAUUCGACAAUAAAGCAUACGGAAAGAUGACGUAAAGCGCCCGUCAAACACACGCUGGUGCAUCGAAAGUGCAGCCAACGGAUGCGGUCAGGCGUCCGUGCGCUAUAUCAUUCCAACAAUAAGUGAACCAAGACGUGAUCAACGGAUCGAAAGAUCAUUAAACUAAUCGAUGUGAGCAAUGCUUUAAAUAGAAUUAAUUAAAAAAAAUGGGUGGUAGCACACAGCUCAACAUUCGUAAGAUACCGGAAUGGAACGAACCUAAGCUAUAGUAAAGAAGAUAUCGUUAAACACUGUCGUACUACGGCUAAGCAAUAAAAGGAUUUAAGGAAACAGAGAGAAAACUAACGAGAAUCGAGAAAACUACCGGCCGGAGGAUAAUGCAGUGGAUAAAGAUAGCAAGACCUUAUGCAUGGUGAUAGAGAAC